AUGGAUUCUUCUAGCCCACCAUUACCAGCUCCAACUGAUUUGACAGCUACAUGGAACUUCCUUGAAAAUGGCAUCGAACAUAUUAUGAAUAGAUUGGAAGAAGGGCUUAGUUAUAAACGAUAUAUGGAUCUUUAUACUGGUAUCUACAAUUAUUGUACGAGCAGUCGUAUGAAUCCUGGGUUUACUUCAGAACCUCUCGCAGGUCCCGGUGCAAACCUGAGUAAUAAUCGAGGCGCCAAUUUAAUGGGAAGUGAUUUAUAUCAAAACCUUCAAAGAUAUCUUGAAAGAUAUCUUCAUACUAUUCGCGAGAAUUCAACUCAACAUAUGGAUGAAAAUUUACUGCGGUAUUAUACAAAACAUUGGGAGAAAUAUACUACGGCGUCUUCCUACGUACAUCAUGUAUUCAGAUACCUUAAUCGUCACUGGGUCAAAAGAGAAAUCGAUGAAGGUCGUAAAACCGUUUAUGAUGUCUAUACCCUCACUCUUGUUAGCUGGCGAGAUUAUAUGUUCAUGCAUGUAGAGCGUCAUGUAAUGGCAGCUGUUCUAAAACUCAUCGAACGUCAAAGGAACGGUGAGAGUGUCGAAACUGGCUUGGUGAAAAGCGUUGUUGAAUCCUUUGUUGCCCUCGGUCUUGAUGAUGCCGAUUCCACAAAAUCAACGCUUGACGUAUACAAGGAACACUUUCAAAAACCAUUCGUAGAAGCUUCUGAAGUCUAUUAUAAAGCAGAAUCAGAGAAAUUUGUUAGUGAGAACAGCGUCACUGAAUAUAUGAAGAAGGCUGAAGCUCGUUUACGAGAGGAAGAAAAUCGUGUUAAACUAUAUUUGCACCAAAGUACCCAUAAACCACUUAUCACAACAUGUGAGACAGUGCUCGUGAAGAAUCACACUGACAUUAUGUGGGAUGAAUUCCAGAAUCUACUAAACCUUGAUAGGAUGGAUGAUUUAAAUCGAAUGUAUUCUCUUUUGUCGCGUAUUACUGAAGGAUUAGAACCUUUACGCACGCGUUUCGAAGAACACGUUCGUAAAGCAGGAUUAAAUGCUAUUGAGAAAGUUGCAGAUGAAGUCAGCGAUAACAUGGAACCAAAAAUAUAUGUUGACGCGUUGCUUGAAGUUCACAGUAAAUAUAAUGAUAUGGUUACAACAGCCUUUAGAGGCGAAGCUGGUUUCGUUGCUUCACUUGAUAAAGCAUGCCGAGAAUUCGUAAAUCGCAAUAAAGUGUGUAAAGCCUCGACAUCAAAAUCACCAGAAUUAUUGGCUCGAUUUUGUGAUUCUUUGCUUAGAAAAAGUUCAAAGAACCCUGAAGAAAAUGAUCUUGAAGAUGUCUUAAACAAUAUUAUGACUGUAUUUAAAUAUGUGGAGGAUAAAGACGUUUUCCAAAAGUUCUAUUCAAAGAUGCUGGCAAAACGUUUAGUAAACGGAACGUCAGCAUCAGAAGACGCAGAAUCUAGCAUGAUAUCUAAAUUAAAGGAAGCAUGUGGUUUCGAAUAUACAUCAAAAUUACAACGUAUGUUUACCGAUAUGGGGUUAAGCAAAGAUCUUAAUGAUCAAUUCAAAGAGCGCACUUCUAUGGAAGCUAAUGAACAAGUCGACUUCUCUGUUCUUGUUUUGGGUACUGCGUCUUGGCCACUUCAACCAUCUACAACAAACUUUAAUAUACCAGAAGAACUUGAAAGAACUUUCCAACGUUUCAAGAUGUUUUAUCAAAAUAAACAUUCUGGUCGCAAACUUAAUUGGUUAUUCCAUCUUUCAAAAGGAGAAUUAAAGGCUAACUAUUGUCACCUAUCGAAGACAGGGUAUACAUUCCAGGUAUCAACAUACCAAAUGGGCAUUCUUUUGCAAUACAAUAAAGAUUUGUCAUACAGCUUUGAGGAAUUAAAACAGAGUACAAAUUUGAAUGCAGAAGUUUUGAUAGGUGCCCUAGGGACUUUAGUUAAGGCAAAGGUGCUCGAACUUUCUGACGGCACGGAAGUUGGUGAUCCUUCGUCCCGUUACGAACUGAAUACGGAGUUUAAGAGGUUUAUUAUUCAGAAUGUUUAG